AUUACCACUACAAUCGGCCCCAUUGCUUUGCAACAAUCGUCCUUGACACAGUCCGACGAUGUCCAGUCCGACCAAGAAUCUCCAUCACCACAAGGUUUCGACACGCAACGACCGGUCAAGAAUCGUUGGGCGUCAGUGGAGUGUCUCUCAUUGGCGGGAUUUUGAUUGACCUGUGACUGGCAUGCACAACCCUAGAGCGUCAAUCACAUGUGUUUUAAGCCACAUCCACCGAACAAGGUCGGCGAUAAGGAAGCCUGGAAAUCUGCUCUCGCAUCCUUCCUUCUCACGCAUGUCCUGCUCCCACAAGCAUAAUGUUGAGGUAUAUAUCGACAUGACCACAUUCACGAAAGGUCUUACCCCGAACACUCUGUCGGCCUAGAGCGUACGAACAAUCAGAGAUUACUUGUCUCUUUCGAGUACCGCUUCUUCGACGAUAUGUCUCAGUCUUGCGGUCCCGAGCACACCGAGGCUUACACCGUGGCAUGGAUCGCGGCACUACCACACGAACGAGCGGCGGGAGAAGCUAUGUUUGACGAGGAAUAUGAAGAUCCACCAGCAGAUUUCAUACAGAAUAGCGGCGACCCCAAUGCUUAUUCUUGGGGCAAAAUUGGAAAGCACUACGUCGUAGUUGCAGCGCUUCCGAGUGGAGAAUACGGGUUGACGCCCACAGCCAUAGUGGCUCAAGGACUUCGCUCAUCACUUCCUCAUGUCCGCAUUGGUCUGUUGGUCGGGAUCGGCGCAGCCGUACGGGAGAUACUUGACAAGGAGGGCACGACUGUCGAUCAGCGCGACAUACGUCUUGGUGAUGUUGUUGUCAGUAGUCCCGAAGGCACCAUCGGCGGUGUCGUACAAUGCGAUCUCGUCAAAGCGCAGACUGUAGAUGGUAGCGAGGUCUUACAACGUCAAGGCUCCUUGAACAGUCCACCACUAGCUCUUCGCACCGCCUUGGCCAAAUUACAGGCUUCGUACUUCAAGAAAGGCUCAACGAUAAAUGCGAUCAUAGCUGAAGCUUUCGAGAAAUGGUCAGAGAUGAAAGGCAAGUUCUACCACCCAGGGUUGGAGGGAAACGAGACUAAUAGAAGGACGGAUACCUAUCACUCGCGUGGUGGGACCUCAAUCUCGAACGAGGCCAGAAGAAGUCCAAAGAUCCAUUACGGCACUGUAGCUUCGAGCAACACCCUCGAGAAGUCAGCACGUCAUCGAGACGCAGUACUGAUCAGACUGGCAAAAGAGAAGAUCAACCCCUCGUGCUUCGAAAUGGAAGCCGCAGGACUCAUGAACAACUUUCCUUGUCUGGUGAUCCGAGGUAUCUGUGACUACGGUGACGAACACAAAAACGAUCACUGGCAGAACUAUGCAGCCAUCACCGCUGCUGGAGUCGCCAAAGAGCUCUUGCGAUGUGUCAAUGUUCAGCAGGUUCAAGGGACUCAGGGGAUAGGAAAUUUGAUCUUGAAGAGACUCGAUACAAUUCAUCAAGCAGUCGAACGAAAUCGAGAAGAUGUUUCUCACUUGAAGAUGAGUGCGGAUGCCCAUCGACGCUCGCAUAUACUUGACUGGCUGUGCUCGAACGACUACUCGACACAAUUUGAAACACGCCGCGCUAAACACCUACGUGGGACCGGACAGUGGUUCCUCGAAGAUAGUACAUUUCUCAGUUGGGUUCAGGCAGAUCGAUCUUCCACUCUGGUUUGUCCUGGCGGACCCGGCUGCGGUAAAACCACCAUAUCUACCCACGUAAUUGAUCAUCUCAGAAAUGAGUCAAGGUUACAGAAGCCUGUGAUACACUUCUUUUUUGACUAUCAGCGGCAGGAAGAGCAGACGGUGGAUGAUUUUGUGGCAACUUUGUUGCGACAGCUCGCAUCUCUGUCACAGGAAGUAUUCAGUGCUGUCGAAAAGUUUCACAACAGAUUUGUACUCCAGAGCCGACGACCGUCCUUGGAUGACCUGCAAUCGGAGCUUCGAAGCGCGUUCAAAACCAUCACUGGCGUUUUUGUCGUCAUUGAUGCUUGGGAUGAGUGCGAGUCUGUCAAGCGUACGGAGUGCGCCAAUAUGCUCCGUGGUUGUCUAUCACAAUGUGUUGUCCAUCUACUUGCUACAACACGAGAUGAUCAUGAGGUGCAUACGCUCUUCGAUGGUAAUCCUACUGUCAGGAUACAGGCUCAUGUCGAAGACCUGACGCUCUACACAACAACACGAGCCGCGGAGCUCGCGCCGAACAUAAGACAUGAUGUAGGGCUGGUCGACAAUGUGAUCAAAGGAGUGAUCGAUGCUUCCGAUGGCGUGUUCUUGUUAGCUCGCCUCCACAUGAAUUCCAUCAAUGAUCAGUUAACCGCAAAUGAGGUCAAAGAUACGCUGAAUGGACUACGAAAGGACACUGGCUCUUACAGCUCUGCUUAUGAAGCUACUAUGAAGAGAAUAAAUCAGCAGCAAAAGCGACAUAGUGAUCUUGGCAAGCGCAUUCUGGCUUGGGUCGUACAUGCAAAACGUCCACUCAGCUUCGAGGAAUUGAACCAUGCACUCGCUACACGACCUGGAAAAAGAUCGAUUGAGUCUGGCGACAUGUAUGCCAAAGAAGUGAUCCUCUCGGUAUGCGUCGGUCUAAUAACCUUGGAUGUGGAAACACUCCGCCUGAUUCAUUAUACGGCUCAGGAAUUCUUUCGCGACAACUGGAUGCAGUGGCUUCCAAACGAGACUACUGCAAUCGUGGAUACAUGUAUCACGUAUCUGUCAUUUGACGUAUUUAAGGAAGGUCCUUGCAGGAACGACGACAGCCUCAAGUCAAGACUCAACCAAUAUAAGCUCCUCGGCUAUGCUGCGAGGAAUUGGGGACACCAUCUCAGAGAUCAAGACUCCCUGGCAGAGACUGACAGGACGACGACAGAAACAGUUUUGUCUUUUCUAGAAGACACACCAUUGACACUCAGUGGUAGUCAAGCAAUGGACAUGACAGUGGUAGAAUUACACGAGCGCUUGCAUGGUGCUCACAGCGGAGGUCAAGGAAACAAAACAAAAGCCCUAAUAAUAUUUCACGAGGGCAUGUAUGGUGUUCACUUGGCAGCAUUUUUCGGCCUUGAGCAUCUGACAAUGCUUCUCAUCGAGAAGCAACAAGAUGCAGACAUCCGGGACAGCCAUGGACGAACACCACUGUGGUGGGCAGCGAACAACGGGUUUGCAGGCCUGGUCAAGACACUGUCAGGCACCCAGAGUGUCAAUCUCAACAAGGGGGACGUGAAGAACCGGUCCAGAACGUGCACCCCACUAUCAAUUGCGGCGAACAGAGGACAUGAAGACAUAGUUCAGAUACUGCUGAAUACUGGGCAUCUCAGCAUCAGUAAGGCAGACGACUGGGGUGGCGACCCACUGCGUGAUGCGGCGGGAAAUGGACACGAAGGGGUAAUCAAAGUGCUCUUAGCGACUAAGGGGGUUGAUGUCAACUCGAAAGAUCUGGGUGGCCGGACCCCUCUAAUUCAUGCGGUAAGAUACGGGCAUGAACGGGUGGUUAAGGCACUAUUAGCGGCUGAGGGGGUCGACGUCCACUGGAGAGGUCCUCUUGGCAAGACCGCACUCGAUAUGGCAAGACGUGGCUCACAUGCUGGCAUUAUAAGGUUGCUGGAGGCCGCAGGUACAUCUGAUACCUCAGGACCGACGACGGGAGGAACAACCAAUAAAAGGAAACACGCGAAGACAAAGAAGCAGAAGACGAUAUACGAAUGACGAACGAUGGGAUGCACUUGCCAAUUUUUGUCUUAGAUUUCUGUUCGAAACCGCCCAUGACUCAUAGAUCUACGUAGUCAUGGGAUGACAAAAGUCACCCCUUAUACAGCUGCUAGGUCUGCGGUCUUGUUUUCUAUCUCUUAUCUUCUUACU